AGAAUAGCACCACAACAAUGCUAAAAAACACCAUUUUUCUCCUCAUCCUGUGGCCAUGAUUUUCUUCCAGCAAAACAAAGUGGUCUAUCCAUCCACAGAUAAAAACAAACUAUCAGCGCCUCUGUUCUCUCUCUCUCUCUCGUCAUAAAAAUGGCGGAUACUCCUAAGACAGCCCCGGCAUUUCAUUUAUCCAAACACUUCAGUUUCUUCACAAACACCGCUUCUCAAGAUCUACUCUAGUAUUCACUCCCCGUAUUUUUAUUUUACAAAGGAUUGUUCUAUAGUGUUUCCAAGAUUUUACCAAGUGGCUAUGACGACUAUGGCUUCUUCUUGGCUUACACUCAAGACUUGCAGCAACUUGAAUGCUAAAGCACCUCUUUUUAAGUAUUCUUUUGCUCAUGAUCCAUCAUACCCAUCAUACAUUUCAUCUAAAACAAGCAUUUCUCUCAACACACAACAUAUAAUGGCUAGCAAGAGCGAUUUGAUCGUGAGCUUCGGCGAGAUGCUCAUCGACUUCGUCCCCACCGUCUCCGGCGUCUCAUUGGCCGAGGCUCCCGGAUUCCUCAAGGCCCCCGGCGGCGCUCCGGCGAACGUGGCGAUCGCCGUGACCAAACUGGGCGGAAAAUCCGCGUUUGUCGGGAAACUGGGCGACGACGAGUUCGGCCGCAUGCUCGCCGGAAUACUCAAGGACAAUGGCGUCGGUAUCGACGGAAUAAAGUUCGAUCAGGGAGCUAGGACGGCGCUGGCGUUCGUGACGUUACGCGCCGACGGAGAGCGUGAGUUCAUGUUCUACAGGAAUCCCAGUGCUGAUAUGUUGCUCACUGCAGAUGAGCUGAAUCUCAAGCUUAUUAAAUCCGCUAAGGUUUUCCACUAUGGGUCCAUCAGUUUGAUUGUGGAGCCAUGCAGAUCAGCACAUCUGAAAGCCAUGGAGGUUGCAAAGGAAGCCGGUGCCUUGCUAUCGUAUGAUCCUAACCUUCGCCUCCCUCUGUGGCCAUCGGCUAAGGAGGCCCGUGAGAAGAUCAUGAGCAUCUGGGAGAAGGCUGAUGUGAUUAAGGUCAGCGACAAUGAGCUUGAGUUCCUCACUGGUAAGGAAGUAAGUGAUGAGGCUGCUCUGUCCCUGCGCCAUCCUAACUUGAAGCUUCUGUUGGUCACUCUCGGGGAGAAAGGAUGCAGUUACUACACUAAGGAUUUUCAUGGAAAGAUCCCAGGUUUCCACGUUAAAACUAUUGAUACAACAGGCGCUGGGGACUCGUUCAUUGGAGCCCUCUUAUGCAAACUGGUUAGGGAUGAUUCUAUCCUCAAGGAUGAAGCAAAAUUGAAAGAGGUGCUGAAAUUUGCAUGUGCAUGUGGUGCCAUUACAACGACGAAGAAAGGAGCCAUCCCUGCCCUGCCCGUCGAAUCUGAAGUCCAGGCGCUCCUUAAAUCUUAGUGGCAGUUGAGAAUUAACAAGACACAACUUUAGUCCUCUUUCAAGUACUUAAUAUCUUGUGUUGAGUUUCUAGAUUUCAUGGAACUUCGAUUAGGAUCAGAAUAAGUUCUCAUUUUAAGGUGUUGAAGGAUUGGUGGUUGUAAUAAUAAACAGACUCAUCUUGUUUUUCAUGUCAAUUCAAUUGUUGGUAUAUGCACAACUUCACUAUCA